AGAAAUGUCAGCCAGAAAGGGCUAUCUGCUCCCUUCGCCAAAUUAUUCCACAACAAUGUCAUGCUCCGAGAGCCCGGCUGCAAACUCUUUUUUGGUAGACUCCCUGAUCAGCUCGGGCAGAGGGGAAGCGGCGGGAGCAGGAGGCGGAGGCGGAGGAGGAGGCGGCUACUAUCCCAACAGUGGUAUCUACCUGCCACAGGCGUCCGAUCUGUCCUACGGGCUGCAAAGCUGCGGACUUUUCCCCGUUCUGGGCAAACGCAAUGAAGGUACUUCUCAAAGCAUGGUCCCCAACUCGCACUCCUACGUGUCAGGGAUGGAAGUGUGGCUAGAUCCCCCCCGGUCCUGUCGCAUGGAAGAGCCGGAGAGCCAGCAGGCCACCUCGUGCUCCUUCGCUACAAGCAUUAAGGAGGAGAGUUCCUACUGCCUCUAUGACUCAGAGAAAUGCCCCAAGGGCUCGGCCGCCACAGACCUCGCUCCCUUCCCCCGGCUGAGUGCCGAGGUCAGCCCAGCCAGCGGCGGCGGCGGGGUCCCCGUCCCGGGCUACUUCCGCCUCUCCCAGGCUUAUGGCACUUCCAAGAACUACGGCGCGGGGCCAGCCGGGGCUGCCCCUUUCCCUCCGCAGCCCCCCGGCCGCUUCCAGACGCCUCCAUCUUUGCCUCCCGUCCCGGAGCCGGGGAGGAAGGAGGAUGAGGAGCGCUCCCCAAGCCCCUUGGCGUGCGUCUCCCAGAGGGAGGACGAGACUCAGGCUUCAUCUUCCACCGCAGAGGAGCUCUCUCCAGCUCCGUCAGAGAGCAGCAAAGCUUCUCCUGAGAAAGAGCCUGUAGGCAAUUCAAAAGGAGAAAAUGCAGCAAACUGGCUCACGGCAAAAAGUGGCAGAAAGAAACGAUGCCCCUAUACCAAGCAUCAAACUCUCGAGCUGGAAAAGGAGUUUCUAUUCAAUAUGUACCUGACUCGUGAGCGUCGCCUAGAGAUCAGCCGCACAGUCCACCUCACAGACAGACAAGUUAAAAUCUGGUUUCAGAACCGCAGAAUGAAACUGAAGAAAAUGAACAGAGAGAAUAGGAUUCGGGAGCUCACAGCCAACUUUAAUUUCUCUUGAUGAACCUAUAAACACAUCUUUAUGGUUUAAAGAGCCAGUAUCAUUUUCCUAGGCUGUAUUCAUCCGCACCUGUAUGGAUUAACGAUUUUAGGCGUUCUCAAUAUGUCCUUAACCUCUUAAGAGCUACUUUGGGGGGUGGGUGGACUAAAGUCACGCUAAAGCACAAAAUGCCGUGUGUGAACCUCCCCUCUUCCUUCAGCCUUUCCCGGGGCCAAUUUGUUUCCUCUAAGCUUUGAAACACAAAAAUACCAUUUCAGGAGCUGCAAAUAUGUUUCUCCCUAUCUGUCUCUCUGAAAAGUAAACAAUCCUAGUUAAAGGUGCAUUCAUUUAAAAUAUAAGUGCUGUAACUUGGACUGUACGUAGCUGCACAAUGAAGAAUUUAAGCGUUGCCAUAUUUCUAUAUAUUGGGAGCUUUCCCCUUCUCUGUUUGCCUUGUCUCCCCCUCCCCCUUUUUUCCUUCGAAAAGCGGGACUUAAAAUAAUGAAAU